CGGAGGUGGACGAGGAGGAGGACGAGGAAGACAAGAAGAACAAUGUGGACGUGGAGGGCAAGGAUUUGUCCUCGGUAUAACCCAAGAUGGUCAUGGAUGGUUGUUGAAGGUGGUUGGCGGUGCUUGAAGGUGGUCGGAGGUGUACGACGAGGAGGACGACAACGUGUGCACUCACAAAUCAUCGUCUUCCUCGUUCACCUCCGACCACCUCCAACCACCGUCAACCACCUCCGACAACCAUCUCGGGUUAUACCUGGAAAGGGCAAAAAGAGCGUGGGACUAACAGCAGAGAAAGUACGAAGGAAAGAGCACCAGCUGAAAAAUAUCAGAAACACUGAAUCUGGUUUUUUGGCUGUAACUUCUGAUCCGUUUCUCGCAGCGCAUUGGGACUGCGACCAAUCGAUUCCUCUCGCAAAAUUACGUCGGAAUAGUGCACGAAAGAAUUUAUUCCAGCACUUUUCAAGAUCGCCAAAAUUUGCGCUAAAAAUACAAAGGUGUUACGCCCCGACGUACCGCCUUGGCGUACCCUUUUCAAAAUUCCAUUUCAUUUCAUUUCUCUAAUUUCUUCAAUUAUUUCAUCACAAUCUGAUAUUCUAAUAAGGUCACAUACAGUCCUCAGAAUCCGCUGACAUUGUAUUUUAUUUGCUGACACCAAGAAUUGCGCUAUAAAAUUACUGACCUAGUAACAGCGGCGCUCAGCCCGGGAAUAUCUAUUUUUAAGUGAAAAUUAUCAUCAAUAAUUAGGAUA